AUGAAAGAGCAUCAAACACCACACAAAGUGCUCGCGCGCUCCGCAGAGAAUCGCCAUGGCAGAACGAAGGAUAUUUCAUCCAAAAAGUCUAACAAGAUCACCGAUAAGAGUUUGAAUGCAGCAUUUGCAUCGGUUUCUGAAGAUUCCGUGGAUUUAUCAUCGUUCUCCGAAAUCUUAGAUGUAAAUCGCAACGAAGAUCUCACCACCUUCUUCUUGGAAGAACCUUCCUCGGUGACUUUGCUUCCGUCUGAUUUAACUCCUAAAAAACUCACUGACACGACGGGAAUUAUUAGCUCCACUAAUUGUAUUGGUUCCAAUGAAAUCGUUAGUUCUAAGUUUAAUUCUGUGGAGGCUGAGAUUACUGUGAAUUUUCUGAGAAAUGUUAAAACUGAGGUCCUCAAUUCGGUUAAUUCUGCUCCCCAACAUAGACGAGAGCUUAUGGAUGGAAUAAUUGAAUAUGUCUUACGCGAUCUCCAAACCUAUACCCUGCCUGAGGAGAGAGAUCAGUUUGCUCAUUUGCUUUCUAUGAAAAACCGCAUGCUGUUUCUGUGUACCUUCAUAUGGGUAGUUGGAGUAUCAGUUGUGCUUUUCUUCACUUCAGAUACUCGUAGCCCUUACAGAGGACCGACACCAACAUGA